CUUUCUUCUCUCCAACAUAAACAUCGCAUACAACACACCAUAGGUGAUCCAUUGCUUAUGUUCAAAAUGCCUAAUUUGAAACCGGUCGUCAUUCAAGUGCUUCUCGUAGCCUUGGUAGUCCCGUGGCUGUACGAUCGCUAUGUCGCUUUCUCCCCCAUGGCAGUAAACCGCCCCGGAAGCUUCGGGAACGUGCGGACUUUCGCGACACACAGGAUCAAGUACCAAGACCGUGUGCGAAACUGUGAAGACGUCAUCAUGGAAGAAAGCCUAGGCGUCGCGUUUCUGAGCUGUGAUCCAGGACGCGAUCGAUGGAAUACUGUGAUGGGCACGUUCAAGCCCGAGAAUUCCGAGCUCGACAAUGCCAGCAUUUUUCUCUACGACUACUCGACUCCUGGACUCGACGACUCAGCCCGUCUUAAGCAACUUGUCGUCGACGAACCAGAUCUGCAUCCCCUCGGCCUCGCCUUCGACGCCUCAACAUCAACACUCUACGUCGUCAACCACGCGCGGCAUCGCGGCUCACAUAUUCUUAUCCUGCACAUCGACAUGCCCAGCCUCACCACGACACUGGUAACGCGCUUCAAACACCCACUCCUGCACGCGCCGAACUCAGUCCAAGUCCUUGGAAAGCAUGAACUCUACGUGACAAACGAUCACUACGUGAGAGCAGCCACGUCACCGCUGCUGAGCAAGAUUGAAACGUUUUCUGGGGUGCCGGGAGGAAGCGUGGUGUACGUCGACACGCGCUUCCCGAAGAGCGCGAAGGUGGUUGCGCGGGUCCCGUUCGCGAAUGGUAUCACGCUGUUAAACUCCUCGUCACUUGCUGUAGCCUCGAGUUCAAAAUCCGGCGUCUAUCUUUUUGACAUCAAGGAGGAGCAUGACUUGGAGUUGAAAAAGGUGGUGAGGACGCCUGCAGCUGUGGACAAUCUAUCUGUCGACGGUGAGGGGAAGGUGUUGAUGGCCGGCCAUCCGUUCGCGCCCGCGUUGAUGAAAGUGAGCAAGGGACGGGCGAAGUGUGAUGUUCAGGGCAGUGAGGAGGAGAGGGAGGCGUGUGCGUGUACGGCGCCGAGUUGGGUUGCUGAGUGGAGCGAGGCAGAGGGGUUGAGGGAGGUGUAUAAAGAUGACGGGCGAGAGUUUUGCAGCAGCAGUACCGUGGUGCGAGAUACGGCGAAAGGGGUGGGGAUCGUGAGUGGACUGUACGAAAAAGGCAUCCUGGUAUUCAGAACUUGA